GAUUUACCCCCUUAUCCACAGCCAGUCAACAUCAACAGUUUCCUUCCACGCGUGGUGAUAGGUGUCGGGUGACGCGACGGCCCUUGCAGCACGGAUAGGUGGCUGUCGCUUUCCAUUGGCUUUACAAAGAUGCAGCCUGGCUGACCUGAGUCGGUACCCGGAACGUCACUGUUGGUGAGUCAAGACGCGUGUGAGUUACAGUACUGUAGAAAUGACCAGGCGCCUCGCAUGACACCCCCGGCCGAUCAACCGCGACUGCACGGGGAUCUUCAUCCCCCGUUGCCCGGUUCUCUGUUCUUCGAUCGUAGAUGAUCUUGUUCACAUAGUGUGAAGAACUAGUUUGAGACUGUGCCUUGGAAGACCUUGGUCACCGGGUUAUUGCGCGUGGGGAAAGGUGUGAGUGUUUCACAGGUGCCUGGGCUCUUUAAAGAGGAGAGAAUGCCCUCGAAAAAGUGAGAAAAUUUCCACAUUUUGUUCCAGGCCAAGUUCUGAUUUCUUCCGGGGCCCCACUGCAACGGCACAUUCGUCAUUGCGAUAAUUUUGAAGUAUAGAAAGUUGCACCUUUGACGAAUACAAAACGUGACGGCAUUCCAUGCCAUAAUGAGAAAACACUCUGAAUCCCCUUUUUCCUUUUCCUUUUCUUCUUCUUCUUCUUCCUCUCUCUAUCCCUCAUCACGCAGUUCUCUGUCCCGCCAAUCAUCGGACUCCGACCGGCCGUCAGCAUUCCGACCAAGAGAGCACCUUGAGAGUCUGAUCGUAAAGCACGGUUACCCCACACCCGUGUCGCUCUCAUCCCUAAGGGAUUUGACGGCUACUUCAUCUACUUAUACUCCCCCUUCGCCCCGUCGUCCAUACCAUCCAGACGCCAUUCCGAUCGACACCUUUGAGUCACUCUCCCUGUCUUCAGCCACAAGACCCAUUCCCAUUCCAAGAAGAUCAAGUUCAAUCUACGAAGAAGACUUGCCUGUCACCCCGCUGACCGGCCGUUUCGACCGCGACGACUACUUCGACGAUUGGGAACGCGCGUCUCAAUCCGCGAGGUCCCGGCAGAUCCCUUCGCCGAUCCAGUCAAACCGUUCCGGCCGUUAUUCAUCCAGGCUCCCACCACCAAGGACAAGGAUGCGGUCUGAUAGCUCGCCCUUCUACUCCCCGGUUGCUUCUCCUGUCAUGUCUCCACGACGCUCAACGUCGCCUCAACCCCCUCGUUCUCGAACCCAGAACACAGCCAAGCCAAAGCCCAUGCAGGGCUUCCAUCUCGGCAACUUGCCCCGAUUCCAUCCUGCUGUUUACCAGCCCAAUGCAACUACGCCCCCUACGGGACCUCCUUCUCCACGGCAAUCUCGGCAACCCACUUACCGUACUUCUGCCAGCUCACGGGACAUGAUUUGGCAGUACCGCGAGUUCAUGGAGAAUACCCAUCAAGGUCCCUCGGCGCCCCGUCUGGAUCCGUUGGUUAGUCCUGGCCCAGUCACUCCACUGGCAUUGGAGGCGGGUGACUACCUCACCAGUGGCUCGGUGAACAACACAUCCGAACGGACCCCGCGAGAUGUCCCAAAGAACUCCGGACCCCCUCCUGAGCUUGUUGAGAAAUUGAUUGCCUACGAAGAAAAGGCUCAAAAGGCUCGCAAGGCUGCCAAGGGCCGUUGAUGCGUCGGUUCCACCGUCUCAUCCCUCACCGCUCCUGCAUCAAAAAGGGUGUUAUGUUUUCUAUAAUUUAUUGUGUUUCUUUUUUCCCCUAGUGGGAUUCAUGCAUGAGACCCAUAUUUGCUAUUCUGCUACUUUUCGGUGUUUGGGCAUCAAAAUGAGCUUCGAAACUCAUACAAGACUGCCGAUCCAGUAUACAUGGGAUUGUUUUUCUGAUUUAUCUUGCGCGAUCAUUGUUUUAAAUGACCAACGUCCUCUGCUUUAGCUCACGUUGAUCUUGCAUCACGAUAUCAUGUAUCUACAAAUAUAUACCCCGCUCCAGUCCUGCUUUUGGACUAGCUUUUUCCAUCAAUUGAUCAUCU